UCCGCCUGAAGCUCCACUAUCUUUAGCCCUGCCGCGGAUUACGCUGCGCAGUGAGUGCGUGUGGGAUCAGACUGCUGCUGUCUGCAACAUCCCGCUUAGCUCUCCUCCUCCUGCUUCACUAAAACAAAAACCAAACAAAAACAGCCAGGCGACAGAAACAAAGUGAUGGGGGAAUGACAACAACAUUCGUCGGUUCUCCGUCAACCAGAAGUCCCCCAGGAUGCUGCUGCUCUCCAGUCCGCGUUGCGGCCACCAGCAUCGGGCCUCGCUGUCGCUCCUGCUCGCCGCCGCGUUGCCGCUCCUGCUGCUAUGUUACGUACCUGUCAGCGCUCACCUCCAAGCUCGCAAUAGGUGCCCUCCACAGUCAGCAUGUGUCCAGGAAAGACGGCACCACUGCCAGCCUGGCUCGUCUCGAUGUGGUUCCUGCCUCUCCCCCUAUCAGGAGAACGAUAAGGGACGCUGUCGGCUGAUGAAUGGCAAAAGGAGGGCCUUCAUUGAUGCGGAUGAAGAAAUAGAUUUAAUUCACUCCAUCAUGGAAAAACAGCAAAUGUUGAAGACAAAAACAACAAAAAAUCAACAACAGAAAUCUGCCUUCAUUUCCUCUCAGAUGGAUCUGGAAGACAGCAGGGCAGGGGCAUCUAAGCAGAAAUCCCAGAACCAGUACCAGCUGUCGGGGGAAAUCCUGCAUAGCACCACAGCAGUUCUGAUCCAAGCGCGCACCGCCCUUCCUAACACGGCGACUCCUCAGCCCAGGGUCACCGGAGCUGAUGGCCGAGUUGGUCCUUUAGUUGUGCCCCAACACAAAAAUGACUCCAUCAUUCUCAUCAUCAUCUCACUGUGUGUUGUUGUGGGCAUCGUGGCUCUGAUCUUGGCUUCUGUCUGUUAUGUCAAGCUGCAGACAGAAUCGCGUCUUGCACAGAAGGUGGAUUACCCUGCUUUCAGAGGACCGAGCGUUCCCACAACCACAGCCAACGGUUCUUCGGUGGGUGAUAACACUCUGGCUCAAAGUGCUCAGAUGUAUCACUAUCAGCACCAAAAGCAACAGAUGCUGUCAAUGGGAAAUCACAAACCUGAACAAAAAGGCGUCGACACUGAGGCCACAUCAGACGAGGAAGAGGUGGCAGGAGGCUUUACGGUAUACGAGUGCCCCGGACUCGCCCCGACUGGAGAGAUGGAAGUGAAGAAUCCUCUGUUUGAUGAUUCAACUCUAAACUAUCAGGGGAAUCCGAAGUGAACGCCGCUCACAAGUAUAUACGAGAAAUUUAUCUGGAAGAAAGCUCCUGUUUUCUCUCUGCCUGCAUGGAAACCGAGAAUGAUGUUGUGGAAAUGAUUGUUUUCUCAUCCGCCUUUUAACCUAAUGGCCCCACCAUGGCUUUUCAAUAAUUCAGAUGUGUAAUGGGUUCCCUGUUAAUUUAUUUCUGGCACUCUUAGAGAAACUCUGUCUUUUAAUUUAACUUUUCUUGAUUUAAGUCUAAGUCAAGCUGGUGUUUGUGUUUUGUUCUGUUUAAGUGUUUGAUUCUGGGUUAAUGCCUUUAUUCUUUAUUUUUGCAGCUAUUUCCAAAGAAUACCAUAAGAGAUGAUAUAUACAUAUAGAGAAUACACUGAACUAAAGCAGAUGCCCCCUCCAAUUUUGUUUUAACAGAUUUCAUAUCAGUUUUCUGUAAAAAUGCAUCAGAAAGUGGUCAUUGAACUGUAACUGCUGGUGUUGCUCGUGUAUUUUCCUGUCCUAUAGGCUGCAAAUGAAGAUUUAGAGAUGAUAUGUAUAGUAAUCUAGGUGAAAAUGAAGUACUUAAUGCUACCUUGCAUGGUUUGGCUGUACAGUUUUAGUCAUGGCGAAGCUUCGAUUAAUCAUUUUUCCUCUGUGUGUGUGCAUCCUGUUGCUGAUGGAGGGGGAAAAGUGACUUCGAAGCAGUAGAAUGAAAUCUAAGAAGAGCUAUACCUCUAGAUGUUUUACUGGCAAUCAUAAUAGUCCUCUAGUGUCCCUCUUUCCAUUCUUUGGUCUCAAACUAACCAUGUGCUGCAACAUGUACAUACAAAGAGUGAGAUUGUUCACUUUUUAUAGAUAUUUGUACAUGCAGACUCAAGACUGAAAAUAAAACUUUUUACCACAUGUGGAGAAAAACUGA